ACUUGAGGAAGUGUCUAGUGACUCUUCAUUGUCAAAGUGUCCAGGAUGGUUUGGUUUGCCCUUUGUAUAGAUAAAGGGAUGUAUGAUGUAGACUUGCUGAGAUCAUUGCACUGGAAUGGGGCACCUCAUGCCCAGGAGCCACUCAGAGCCCUCAGUCUGUGUCCUGUCCCAGUAGACCUCUCUUCUGCCCAGGCUGUGUUUUUUCCACAAGGGUGAGUAUAGCCUCAGUGUUGAUGUGGUGCUACAUACCCUGCGUCCUAUGUCCUUGGCCUGGCAGUUGCAAGGUUCAGGACUUCUCGCUAAGUGUACCUUCCACCACCAGCAUGGCUGCAUGCAGCUCAGUGUUGACAAGCAGUGGGACUGUGGGCAGGACGGCCCUGGGCAGUGCCAAGGAGGCCAGGUGGUGGUGCACCUGGCAAUGAAGAACACUUGCGUGGUGGUGGAGGUUAGGAGUGCACCAGUCAGUCCGGCCUCCUGCAAUCUACUGCUUGGGAGAGAUCUGAAGGCCUCAGCCUCUGUUCAGCUCCUAUCCUGCACAAGGCAAGGAGGACAGGCUGUAGCAGCUCCAAGUGUUGUCCUAGAGGCCCCUUCCUCCUCUUGCUGUGGAAGGUGGGCCCCACAGGUUGCAAAUGGCAGUCAGGAGACCCAGACUGGAACGUACCCCACGCAAGGUGGGGAUUGGAUUUGUGGUUCCCAAAGACAGUUCUCAGGCCCUAGCUUAAUAGAUUUCCCCAAAUCCCCUGUUGGAAAUGGCACCCUGAGCCUCAGAAUCAACAGCAAGGUAGGAAGACCCUUUAUGAAGACUUUAGAAAGAGUUGGUGUGGUGGUGCACACCUGUGGUCCCAGCAGUCUAGGAGUCUAAGGCAGAAGCUGAGAAGUUCAUGCCCAGGCUGGGUAAUGUAGUGACUUAGAAAGACCCUCAAAAGCAGGCUGGGGAUAUAGCUCAGUGGGAAGGCCCUGAGUUCAAUCCCUAAUCCUGAAAAAGAUACAGACUUAGAUUUGGCUUUGUCUUCUAGGACCCUUUCAGAUUGACUGAUACAGUUUCAUGUGAGGGGCUACAGUGUUCUGUGUUAGUGCUGUCCAGUUCAGCAACCAGUAUGCACAUGUGACUGUUGAAGACCUGAAGUGGACAGUAUGCUGGAGGAAUUACAUUUAAAUUUUAUUUAAAUUAAAUUGCAAUCAAGUGGCCAUUUACUACUAAUGGCUGUUGUAAUGCAGAGGCUGUCGCAAUACACCAAACCUCAGAUUCUCAGAGUAAGUGCCGGAAACCUGCUGACUCUGAGCAACCUCAGGUACUUUCCUCUGUGAUGGUAGUUCUAUGAAGGAAUCACUACAGAAAUCAGAAAAUAGGGGCUGGGGAUUUAGCUCAGUGGCAUAAGCACCUGCCUGGCAAGCUCGAGGUCAUGAGUUCGAUCCCUAGUACCGCAAAGAAAAAAAAAAAAAGAAAUUAGAAAAUAUACAAGCGAGGGGCUGGAGGUUUAGCUCAGCGGCAUAAGCACCUGCCUUGCAAGCAGGCAGUCAUAAGUUCGAUCCCUGGUACCGAUAAAAAAGGAAAAAGACAAAUAUAUAUAUGCAAAUGGUAACAAAAAGACUAUAUAUCCAGAAACCCGUGGAUCAGCCAGGUGUGGUUGAACACACCUGAAAUCCCAGCACUUGGAAGGCUGAGGUAGGAGGAUCACACAGUUCAAGGCCAUUCAUAAUGAGUUCAAGGCCAGCAUGAACCACAGAGUGAGACCUGGUCUCAAAAAAAAAAAAAAAAAAAAAAAGCCCUUAGAUUAAACAACACUAAGAGGACAAUUAAGUCUUCACAUUUAUAUUAACAAAGAGGAAAAGUUGAAAACGAGGUAAGUAUUUAAGAAAGAUAGGAGCCAAGUGUGUAAUCGCAGCACUUUGGAGGCAGGAAGAUCACUGCAAAUUCUAGGCCAUUGUGUACUACAAAGCAAGACCCUAUUUUAAAAAACAAAAACCCAAAAAUGGAGAAGUGGCGUACCCUUUAAUUCCAGCACUUGGGAGGCUAAAGCAGGAUUGCAAGUUGAGAUCAACCUGGACUACAUGGGCCCUGUCUCCAAAAAUGGAGAGAGAGAAAGCUUCAGCCUGGGAGUGCAGCUCAGUGGUAGAGUGGGUGUUUUGGAUGCUAGAGGCUCUAGGUUUCAUCACCAGCACCACAAAAGAAAAGAAAAGAAAAUCAAAGAUUAGUGAAAUACAAAGCAAGACUAGAAAAACUGGUCAAUUGAAAAAAUUAUAUGGGCAAAGGCAAAAGCAGCUAAUUUCAGUUUUGUUUUUUAAUUUAUGGGAUAGGAUGUCUCAGUAUGUUGCCCAGGUUGGUCUCAAUCUUUGAGGCUCAAUGAUGGUCCCACUUCAGCCUCUAGUAGCUAGGACUCCAGGUAUGCACCACCACACUUGAUACUUCCAAUUAUUUUAAGAAAAUAAAGAUACAAAUAAGCAGUGUUAGGACAUGAAAUGAGGGCCUCCUACAUGCUGGGGAGGUGCUUUCCACUAAGCUAUCCCACCUAGCCCCCCAAUUUCCCUCUUACUGAAUUAGAGCCCAGUUUAACCCUGCACAGCCUCAUCUCUGAACACCCUAUUUCCAAAAAAGGUUCUAUUCACAGUCCCAGGAACCCAAACAUCUUUUGGGGUACACAGUCUAGCCAAGUAGAAUUAAUUUACUUUCACUCUUUAAUGAAAACAUGCAGGACUGUGCACGUAACAGUAUAUUCUAAAGGUUGUUUUGUUUUGUUGAGACAGGGCCUCAGUUCCGGCUGGCUUUGAACUAAUUUUGUAGCCCAGGCUGGUCUCUAAAUGAUCCUUCUGCCUCAGCCUCCAGAGUGCUGGGAUCACAGGUGUGCGUUACCACACCCGGCCAUUCUCAUUUUCUUGUUUUCUAAAUAGUGUGUUGCAUUUUUAUUUCCUUUUAAACACUAGUUAUUUAAAAGGCUGCUCUAAAAAUUCUAAGCAUAUUGGGGUCUCCCCUAAUUUUUAUUUUGUUUUCUUUUCAACCAAAAGUUAAAAACUGAACAAUAUUAAGUAAAUGUAAAAGUCAUCCCCAACCAUCAGAGUGUCAAUCCUGCUCCCAUAGGUAUUUGUUGCUGAUUUCUUGUAGUUUGUCUUUCUGGACUUCUAUUCCACGUUUACAGAACCAUUUGGCUUAAUUGUGUGCUUCAAGGGCUCACAUAGUGGGGCUAGGGCAGAUCUCAGGAGAUGAACAUAGUAAAACCAGAAAGAUAGAACCUAUUCCAAAUAUUUCCUAAACCAAAUUUGCUCUAAAAUGAAUACAAACAGCAGACAUAGUCACACUUCAGUGAAAACAAGCAUAUUUUUCCUUCAGAGCUCCUUAGAAUCAGUUUGCUUAAACAUCAAACUUUUCUCCAAAUACAAAAAGCUUUUUAAAAAUCUUUAGAAACAUCAAAAAUAAAAAAUCUUAGCCUCAGCUGCAUGUGUUGCUUAUUUAACUGAAGGCAGGCCCAACCCCACGCUCCACACCAGAUGGACAAAUCCGUUGUUUUUGCUCUGCCAGGGGCUAGAGUUCAAAAUGUUAUUUGCUCUCUUAAGAGCUUCCAUUGCUCUCACAAAUGAUUUUACCACCUCUGAGGUGGAACACAGAAGUAAUUUCUGACAUCCCAAAAUGUAGUCUCAUAUAUAAAAUUUCACUUAUAUACAAAAAACUACUGGAUCUCAAUUAUAAUUGAUUUAUCUAUUUCAUUCCUUAAUGUCUGGUUAUUUUUGGUUGUGUAAUUUCAUCUUUGUCUUGGAAGUAGAAGGGAUAGAAAUCUAAGCUGCUAGAUUAUUCCCAAUUUUUCAUUUUUAAAAACUCAUUCAAAAUUACCUAUAAGCCUGGUUGGUUUCAAUAAUUACUAAUAAACACAAAUUUAGGGAUGUACAGUAUGCAAUAAAAUGCAUUGGAAUUUUAAAAUACAUCUUGAGGGGCUGAGGCAGGAGGAUUGCUUAAAUCUAGGAGCUCAAAGCCAGCCUGGAAAACAGUGAGGCGCUGCCUAAAAAGAAAUAAAAAGAGUGCAUCUUGCUGGGUGUGGUAGUGCACAGCUGUAACCUAAGUGCUCAGGAAGUUGAGGUAAAAGAAAUUUGAGUUUGAGGCUAGCCUAGGCGAAAUAGCAAAUUCAAAGCCAGCCUGGAAUAAAUAGCAAGACCCUAUCUCAAAAGAAUUUUAAAAAUUUUUUAAAUAAUGUAUCUGUGAAGUAAGAAUUGGAUUUUUGUUUCCGUUUUCUUCUUGCCAUUGUACCUCACUAUGGUUACUAAAUGAAGGUUUUUUCUUUCUGAAAGCUCACAUCUAGUACUUAUCCUCAAAUGGACUGGUCCUCACUGAUUUUUCUGAUGUAACUUAUGCUGAAAAACAUCUAGAGUCAAAGAAAACCCAGUAGUUAAGAAAUCAAAGAGUUAAGUAUGAGAAGAAAAUGUAGGCUAAUGUCUGUAAAUGGUGUAGGAUCCUAUCUCUGCGGCCUUGCGCAUUCCAGCUGGGCACGUGACUGGCAGAGUCAUCUUUGAGGUAACUCAGCAGCUCCUGGUUGAAUUACUUAGGCAUACAGAAUAGAAAUACUGCUCUCAGACAUGAAGCCCGGAAACACUCUCACAUGGGGCUCCAGGGAGGUGCAUCAGGGCCAGAACAGAAGACUGUGGGGUUAGCUCACUUUUGAAUAUGAUUGACUAGUUCAGGGGUACAAAUGUUCUCUGCACAGCAACCUUAAAGCCUCAGCAAGCCUUUUCAGGUACUCCUCAGCCCAAGAGAAGUAACGAUUCUGGUCAACCAUAGUAUUAUGUUUUCGAGGCCUUGGGUCCAAAUAGUUUAACACAAUUAAUAUUCUGAUAACAUAGUACCUGUUUGCAGAAAUAAUAUACAUAAGUUGGAGGAGAAAACACUUCAUUUUGUUUUUAAAUAAGAAUGAUUUACUAAGGGAAAGUGUAUGCCUAUUGGAUGCUGUACAGGUUCUCCAGUUUCGGGAUCAGAUUGAACUCCAUAUCCGUAUUUUCUGUCUCACCUUGAUUUUCACAUAGUACCUGCUUGUAAGUAAUAGCUUAUAAUUACUUUUGUUUACAAAACCUUGUAAGUUACUGAAAGUGCAGCUUCACAAAGAUAGGUUAUGGAAGAAGUCAUUCCACAACCUAAUGCUAGAAACGAAACAUGAACCACCGAAAUGUAGUAGUUCACAUGGGUCCUGACAUGGGAAGUAUUGUUGGGGCUCAGGAAAAACAUAUCCCAAAGGGUGGCACUCUGGCAUGCUGAGCCAGCCAAGCAGUUUCAACCCAGUCUCUCUGUUUCUUGUUUCUCUGCCAAGUACACUCUGAGGUUUUCUUAUCUAACAGAAAAGUUGUUUCCAAAAUAAAUGCGGUAGUCUAAAACCUCCUCCCUGCGGGCCUUAUCAAGUAAUCAGGAAAGACUAACCAACAGUGGAGUCUUCUUUUGGGGGUCAGCUGCAAACAUGAUCCGGCAGAUUUUAGCUACACAAAGCCUGUCCGAAGUGAAGCUUCACCCUCUUCCCCUGCAGUUUGUCACAAUCCCUCUCUGAAGAGGGUAUUUAAACUCUAACCAUCUGGCCCUUUCCUUGAGUUUCCUAUUUUGUGUGGUUCAUAUGCUUUUUUUUUUUUUUUUUUUUUUUUUUUGUACCAGGGAUUAAAGUCUAAAGUCUAAGGCCACCACCUUGCACUUGCCAGGCAGGCACGUGUGCUAAUAUCUCCAGCCCCACAGGUGCAUAUUAAGACAAAUCUGUUGUACUGCUCUCUUGUUAACCUUGUUACAGGGGUCUAAGGCACAGCCCUUUAUCAUAGGCAGACAAGGAUCACCCCCUUUUCUGCUCCCCCAUAGCACCCAUAUGGGUUCUCUGCAGCUUCCCAGAGCACCUUGGUGCAGAGUUUAGGAAACACAAGAUUAGAUAUAUAGAUAACUAUGAAUAAAUCUUCAAAACAGUGCUGAAUAUAGAAAGCACAUUUUGGGGCUGGAGAUUUAGCUCAGCGGCAUAAGCGCCUGCCUUGCAAGCAGACACUCGUGAAUUCGAUCCCCGGUACCAAAAAAAAAAAAGAAAGCGCAUUUUAUGGGUAGAAAAAAUUUUUUAUGGCCACAAUGGUCAUGUUCCUGUAAAAUUCACUGAAGCCCCAAUCCCCAAUAUGAUGAUAUCAGGAAGUAGAACUCUUGGGAAGUAAUUAAUUCAUGAAAGUAAAGCCCUUGUGAAGGGGACUAGUAGCCUUAUAAAAAGAGGAAGAGACCCAGGAGCCUUUCUCCUUUGAGUUGCCACAAGAGGUGGCUGUCCCAGGCAGGAAAGGAUCCCUCACCAGGAGCUGAAUCUGCCAGCAUUUUGGCCUUAGACUUCCCGGCCCCCAGCACUGUGAGAAGUACAUGUAUGCCGUUGAAACCGUCCCUUGAUGGUAUUUUGUGAUAGCAGCAGGAGCUGACCUAGACAGACUAAGGUCUGCAGGGCUCCAGUGAGCCCCCUCUUGCUGAGGUUUCAGUAACCUGCUAAACUUGAGUGACAGGUUUCCUGGAGCAUGUAACCCUGUCAAAGCCGCACCUCCCAGGAAGGCUGUCCUAGUGGUUUGCACCACAUGCCUCUCAUAGUUUCCCAUGCCUGACGACUUCUUUACAGUUCCCUUGUGUUUGCGCAUGUGUGUUGGAGGAGGUUUCAUCUAUCUUAUUCUGUGUCCUUUCUGCAUAUCUAAUUCACCGCCACUGAGAACGGGUAACUCCCAACCAAAUCACAGUUUUCAUUCCUGGCAUGUUUCCAGAGGCUCAGCCUAGUCAAGGUCUCCACUGUGCCACCCCACAGACAGCUCAGGCCUACCAUGUCCUGACCAAAUGCCAUUUUCCCCUCCUCCCCCAGCUCUGGUGUUCUACUGAGAGAAUGGAAGCACUGUCCAUCUGUAGCCGGGGGUAGCUUGUGUUGGCAGCCACAAUUCUUUUCCUCUUCCUGAAUCCACAUCAUGCCAUGGGCUUACCCCAUUGCUUACUUGGGCUGGCUGCAGGACUUAAAUACUGUGUGAGGGCAGUAUGCCAAUUUUGAGCCUAACCUUCAGUGGCCUCUUGUGGUUGCCCAUGUCCUCUUCUGUUCUGCCACUUUCACAACACAAAGGUGCCCAGACACCUGACUGAUUCCAGGAGGAAGAUGAGAGCCAUAGCACAGAGCUGCCCGACCAAGCUUUGCCUAGGUGUGCCAUAGCACAGAGCUGCCCGACCAAGCUUUGCCCGCUGACCUGGUGGCACAUGAUGGUUAGUAAAAGGCACAGUGGCACAAGUCCAUGCUCUCAACUUCUCAGGAGCCUGAGGCAGAAGGAUCAUUGAGCCUGGGAGUUCAGGGUCAGCCUGGGGAACACAGUGAGACUCUGUCUCAAAUGGAAAAACAGUGCUUGCUUUACACCACUUAGUUGGCAGCGUUUUGUUAUGUAUCAAUCAUUUACCAAAGGGAACAUCUAAACUAGACAGCUGAGCAUUACUUUUGAUGCCUUCGGGCGUAGUGUCCCCAGAGCUUCCUACAUCUCUCAAAUCCGGUUAGUUCUCUCCAUCCUCAGCACCUCUACGCAGUCCAGGCCUCCUGCAGUGACAUUCUCAGGACUUGCCCUUCCUCCCUGUUACCCCUCACGGUUCACACAGCAUCCCAAAUGGUAUCCCUAAUGCGCAGAUCUAGUCAGGACUGUUCCAUGAAUCUAACCCCAGGCUCGGCUAUUCUUGUGACUCCAAUGUCUCCUCGCGUGGAUAGCUAGUUCUCCAGGACCGGAGAGAGCUCCGGAGGAAUCCUAGGACCGGGACCUCCUAGACAAGGACAAGCUGGCUUGCAACUGAGGCCUGUGGCCCCUGGCUUCUGGAGAAGCCAGACUGUUUAACAGACAGGCGGAUGCGGAGAGCAGAUGAGACUGCGGAGGAGCCGCCAGGAGAGCGCGGGAGGGAAGCGAGCCGAGCUGGGCCAGCUGCUGCGCUCAGGCGCGACCCCCAAGGCCCGGGCCAGACACUGUCCCCGCUCGCGCGGCCCGGCAGGCGGCGCCAGAGCGCAGACCCGCCUCGAGACUCGGUCCGGAGUCCCGCCGGGCGGGGCGAGGGGCGGGCCCGGCGUCUCCGGCGCUUGGCGGACUGACGGACAGACGGACCGACCGACGGACUGGGUGCCUGCGGGGAUCCGCGCGCCAUGGAGGAGCCCGCCGCGCGCCGUUGCUGCCUGGGCUGGGACUUCAGCACGCAGCAGGUGAAAGUUGUUGCUGUUGAUGCGGAGAUGAAUAUCUUCUAUGAGGACAGUGUGCAUUUUGACAGAGAUCUUCCAGAAUUUGGGACUCAGGGAGGGAUGCAUGUGCAUGAGGAUGGGCUGACGGUCACCUCCCCGGUCCUGAUGUGGGUCCAGGCUCUGGACAUCAUCCUGGAGAAGAUGAAGGCUUCAGGUUUUGACUUCUCUCAAGUCCUAGCCUUGUCUGGGGCUGGCCAGCAACACGGGAGCAUAUACUGGAGGGCUGGCGCCCACCUGGUGCUGAAGAGCCUGUCACCAGAUGGCCCACUGCACCAGCAGCUGCAGGACUGUUUCUCUCUCAGUGACUGCCCAGUAUGGAUGGACUCCAGCACUACGGCCCAGUGCCGCCAGCUGGAGGCUGCUGUUGGUGGGGCCCAGGUGCUUAGCUGCCUGACUGGGUCCCGUGCCUAUGAGCGUUUUACAGGAAAUCAGAUUGCAAAGAUUUACCAGCAGAAACCGGAAGCCUACUCACGCACAGAGAGAAUUUCUUUGGUCAGCAGCUUUGCUGCCUCCCUCUUCCUCGGCUCUUACUGCCCGAUUGACUACAGCGAUGGUUCUGGAAUGAAUUUGUUGCAGAUCCAUGAGAAAGUCUGGUCCCAGGCUUGCCUCAGUGCCUGUGCUCCUCAUUUAGAAGAGAAGCUUGGUGCUCCAGUGCCAUCCUGCUCAGUUGUGGGAGCCAUUUCUUCCUAUUACGUGCAGCGCUAUGGAUUCACCCCUGGAUGCAGAGUGGUGGCCUUCACUGGGGACAACCCGGCAUCGCUGGCAGGCAUGAGACUAGAGGAAGGUGACAUUGCGGUCAGUCUGGGCACCAGUGACACCCUCUUUCUCUGGCUUCGGGAGCCAUCACCUGCCCUAGAAGGCCACCUCUUCUGCAACCCGAUUGAUCCGCAGCACUACAUGGCACUCUUGUGCUUUAAAAAUGGCUCCCUCAUGAGAGAAAAGAUCCGCAAUGAGUCUGCUUCCUGUUCCUGGAGCAAGUUCUCCAAGGCGCUGCAGUCCACAGAAAUGGGGAACCGCGGCAACCUGGGUUUCUAUUUUGAUGUAAUGGAGAUCACCCCUGAAAUGAUUGGAUGUCACAGAUUUAAUGCAGAAGACUGUGAGGUCCCAGCAUUCCCUGGGGAUGUUGAGAUUCGAGCACUGAUUGAAGGACAAUUCAUGGCCAAGAGGAUUCAUGCAGAAGGCCUGGGCUAUAGAGUCUUGUCCAAGACAAAGAUUCUGGCCACUGGAGGAGCAUCUCAAAACAGCGACAUCUUGCAGGUGCUCGCAGAUGUGUUCGACGCCCCUGUGUACGUCAUGGACACUGCUAACUCUGCCUGUGUGGGCUCCGCAUACCGAGCUUUUCAUGGCCUUGCAGGUGGAACAGACACGGUCUUUUCGGAGGUUGUAAAGUCAACUCCAGGCCCUAGACUGGCUGCCACACCAGCCCCAGGAGCUUCGCAGGUCUAUGAGGCCCUCCUCCCCCGGUAUGCCAAACUUGAGCAGAAAAUCUUGUCCCAGACCCGAGGCCCUCUGGAAUGAAUUCUGCAAGCCCAAGUACCACUGCUGUUCCACACUCACUGAUCCUGCGUGGAGAUGCGGCACCGGGCAGCAGGCGCUCUCUCCCCUGUCCUAAGCACCUGUGCCUGGCCAUGUGGACUCUUCAGUGUGCUCCUGCCCUGUCCUGGGCCUCUCUGAAUCCAGCCUCAGCAUAUCUUCCUGAAGACUAUCCUGAAGCAUAUCGUGCCUUUGCCUUGGGGCAAAAGAACAUCUUUUCUUCCCAGAAGGCAGAAUAAUACCAAGUCUGGGCAAUGUCCUCUAAAAAUUGUGACUUUCCCCAUUUCAAAGGCAGAAUGAAAGCGGAUCUCAGGAUCAGAAUCAACUGAAGUGGGGAGACGAGCCCUCUCCUGCCCCUGGCCUCAGCCCUGACUCUCUGGCCAUUCAGCUCCAAGGCCUCUUCGUUCCCAAGUCAUCUUGAUCCUGCAACCCAGCCUCUCUCAGCCUGUCCCCUCCAGCCGCUUCUCUCCCACACCUUGCCCUCCCUCCGCCUCUCUCCUCUUCUUAUCUCCCUGUGUGAAACAUUCCUCAAGUCCUUUCCUGUCUGCCACCCUCCCUCUCCGCCUUCCGUCUUGGGAACAUCGUUCCCCCCUCUUUUCAUGGUCACUGUCCCCUUCAGCCACCUGCUGUACCUUACCACGUCCCACCAUGCUUCCCUCAGCUGGCCUCAGCUCUGCCCACAGCCAGCCUGUGCCAUCCCCAGCUGGCACCAUUUUGGGCUUUCCUUGCUCUCCUUUGUGAUUCUCUUGUGGAUGAAAUUGUGUUACUCUUUUGGGAGAAUUUUCUGAAUUCUAGAUUUCUUUUUUAUCUUGGAGUCCUUUUAUCAGCUGAGAAGUUGUAAUUCUGUUUUAAUUGCCUUCCAGUUGUAUAGAUGGUGAUUUUUUCCUUCCUCUUACCCCUCCUAUUUUAGUUCAUACCUUUCUGUUCCUUGCUCACAUUUUUGCAAAAGCUUUCAUAGAGUCCUUUGUGAUCUGACUCCUGCAGAAUCCUCCAGGUGUUGCUUCUGCCUCAGGCCCUCACUGCACCCGAGAGUCCAAUUAAAUCAAAUUAUUAUCAUCUCACUCAGCACGGCAAGAUGGUAUAGAUGAGUCUGGGACCUUUUGGAUCAGAGAAGUGGCUUGUGGAAAGUGAAGAAGUGGCCAGAGCAUCGCUUCUGAUAACGAUGAAGCGAUCUUGAGAGGGCGUCAUGUCCCUUGGAGGCUUGGGGGAUGAAAGAAGAAGAAACAAGAAUCCAAAGAUGACAGCCUACCAGAUAAAACAGGAAGUUCAAGAUUCAGAAGAAAACAACUUAUCACCUCCUAGACAUUCUUUGAUUUUUUUUUUUUUUUUUUUUUUUUUUUUGAGGCAAGGUCUUGCAACAUAGUUCAGGCUGGCCUUGAGCUCACUUUGUAGCCCAUGCUGAUCUUAAACUCAGACUCAUGGAAAUCCUCCACCCCGGCCUCCUGAGUGCUGGGAUUAUAGGUGUGCACCACCACACCCGGCUAGACAUUGUUCGAUUUUACAUCAUUGACCAUGAAAAAUUAUCAUAGCUCUCCAACAUGAAUUUUAAAAUAAAUCGGACAGUUGUGAAGAUGAAAGAAUACCAUAGGUCAGAAAUUCAAAAACUUUUUUUUUCUUUUUUUAAAUUUUAUUUUAAAGGGGGUAAAAUUAAACACAAUAAAACAACAAAAUAGAACAUGACAGGAAUGUAAGAGAUAGAAAUUUCAAAGCUAGACGACCUGAGAUCUUCACUGUCUAUCAUAUUGUCUCUUGUGUUCUUCCAAAUAGUUGUCCAUGUUUUCACAUACGGAGAAUUCAUACAAAACAACAUAGUAUAAAACUGAUCUGAACUGAAUGAGGAAGGCGUUUUAGGUCUUCAAAAUCAGACAAUAGGGAACUCAUUAAUGGCUGUCGUAGAGUCUGCCAUUCUCCUCAAAAUAGCUGUCCACACCUUUAUGUAUACUGAAGCUCAACAAAACAAAACAGGCAAGUGGGGAGGGAUUGCUUGGUUUCCUGGUGUGAGUCCCAGUAAACGCCUGUGGCUCCGUCCUGGGCCGCCACAGCCUGCCACGCUCACAGCCGCUCCCCAGUGGGGGAGGGGUUGCUUCAAGCUGUUUCUUUCUAAUGAACUGACCAUUUCACUGCCUAAGUUGUGAAAUGGCCAACAGACCAUAGAAAGACAUCUCUUUAGGCUCCUGCUUGAAACCAACAGCGUCAGGAAGCUGCUGGCCUUAAUUCAGGGCCAGAGAAAUUCAAAAACUUAAAAUGUAAUUUUAAAAAAAGCAUACAUGAAAAGAGAACUGACCAAAUAUAUGAAAGAAUUUAAACAGAAAGAUGAAAUCAUGACAGGUAUAAAUUAAAUAUGCAAUGAGACUAGAAAUGGCUGCAGUACAGUUAGGCACAAGCAAGGAAGGCAGAAAUGAGAAAUAGGCAGAGAAAAUACCAUGCUGGUGACACCGGGGCUCCUUAAGACAGAAGGUAAGACAGCAGCACAGGGCUAGUGUCUGAACUGUGUAAGAAAGACCUGAAAGUAUCUUAAAAAGAUGUGUGUUUUUUUUUUUUAACUUGGAAAACUGACACAGAAUGAUAAGCUCUGAGAUACUUCUAUCAAAUUAUUAUACUUUGAAAGUAAAGGGAAGCUAGGGAUUUAGCUCAGCGGCAUAAGUGCCUGCCUCAUAAGCAUGCAGUCGUGUGUUCAAUCCCUAGUACAAAAAAAAAAAAAAAAAAAGCAAAAGGAAAAAUUCUCUUGGACUCUGUUAGCUAUUUUUCUUGUUGGUGACACCAAAUAGCCAACACCCACACGCUAAGGGAGAAAAGGUUUAUUUAGCUCUCAGUUUGUAGAGGUUUUAGUCCCUAAUCAGCUGACUCCACGGCAGGGUGACUUGACAGAAGAGAAAUAGUUCAUGGCAAGCAGAAGACUGCAAAAACAAGCAAAGGAUCUUAACAGCAUCUUUCUGCCUCUCUGAGCAGUGUGGAGCAGGCAGCGCUCACACCCUUCAUCCUAGGCCUUGGGAGCCUGGCAUUGCUCCAUGAAUCAGUGCCAGCAUCGCACACUUCAGACCCAGCCACUUCUGAACAAGUCCCAUCUCUGACUACUUAAAGCCUUGAGGGGACAGCUAGAUAUAAGCCGUAACUGCCUCUAGGCCAGAAUAUCUAGUUCCCCCAAGGAAGAAAGACAAGGUUGGCAUAAGACUUCUAAAAAAUUGAAAUAGCAGUAGGGCAAAAAUCGAAAGUGAGAACUAAGGAUUUUGUAUCCAGUUAAACUAUCUUAAAUAUCAAGGGUAGAGGAAAGUUUUAAUAGUGCAAGACCUCAGGGAAUGUUAGAGUCACAGUUUCUUCCUUAGUUCCUUUCUUGUUUCUGGGACAAAUACACACUUAGAAAUGCACAAUCUAGAGGAGGAGGGAUUUGUUUUGGUUCAGCUGCAGAAGUUUGGGUCCACGGUUGGCUCAUAGUGAGUGGGUCUGCUGCGAAGCCAAGCUGCUCCCGUCAUAGCUGCCAGGAAGCGGAGAGAAGGGAGGGGUCAGGGAGGGAGAUGCACUCUUCCAGCUCACACCCUUGAGUCUCUAACCAAACUCUGGCUCCUAACCAUAAGCUCAUCAGUGGACUGAUCCAUCCAGAGCCAAUCACCAUCCCAAAGCCCAGUCUCUGAACACGUGAAACUUCUGGGGAACAUCAUAGAUCCUAAACCAAACAGGCUUCUACUGAAAGAUGGGCUGCUUCUAUUGAGAUGAUUAGGGAAACUUGAACAAAAGGACCAGGUGAUCACUGGGUAUCCAUAGUUGUGGCUCUGAGACUAACGCGGUUAGGAGAAGGAUGGAUGAGCAGUGUUAAAUAGUAUGUGCUUGUUUGUAGUAGACAGGGAGAAAAGCGGGGAAGGGAGUGGAGAAAGUGCCAAGUGCUCUUUGCUGCACAGGAAAUAGGAAUCAAAGAAUAUUAAAGUGAACAGGUCAAAUAGUUGAGACCUCAAAUACUGAAAGGGAGGAACUAAGUAUUCAAAGGUUUGGUACUAUCAAAGGGAACAGUGCAGCAUAAAUAGGGAUAAUAGUAUAAUAUGAAUGAUACAACCACUAAAAUAAAAUGCAGAUAUCCCUUGAUGGCCAAUAAACAACGAUAAAGGCAGUAGACCACACAGUGAGCGAAUACUGUAAAUGAAGAAACACACAAAAUGAACUUAAGUCCAAGCAUGCGUCAGAUUGAUAAACUUGAGAGGACUUAUCUAUCCUUCGAACAAAAAAGAAUUUCAGAUUGACUUACAUGCCAACGUAUUGUCAUUUGUAAGGACAAUAAAAUAAAGGCAAAAAAGUAGGGGAAUAAGCAACCACACACUAUAAAAAAUAGAAAUCACAAAAUGCAAAGGUUACAGCAUCUAUCUCUGGCAGAAUUCAAGGAAAGACAGUGAACAUUAUAAUGCCAACAGCCACAGUUCUCAACGAAGACAUGCUGCUUAUGAUGUGGCUGCUUCAACUGAGGUUUGUCACAUUGAAAUGACACUCCUGACUCCCUCUUAUUGCCAUGAAGGGUUCUUUGUGCUUUCUUUCUCCUUCCUUUCUCAUUACUUUAGGCAUGUUAUUUCUAGCUUGUCAAAACAUAUUACAUUUGUAUAAGAAGUAAUUGCCAGAAAAUGAAGGUAGAAAGUUAGAAAUUAGUAAGGAAAUAUAACACAUCAAUCUCCAAGACUGAAGACAGAAACUGUGUAAGGAUAUAAGUGAUCAUAAUAGUAGUUUGUAUAGAGUAGAUCUUCCAAAUAUACAUGAGGUGGAUUUUUAAAAGACACUUAAAAUUUUUUUAAAAAAUUAGGCACAUUGUCAUCAGUCUCCCUCAGAAUACUCUCUCUUGAUUCAAACAUGCGUAUCCUAUCUCUCUUGCCACUUUCUGAAGCCAUUCUAGAAAUCCUCUUUCAGGAUGUCAGUGUCCUUAGUAGCACGACCUCAAGUGAAAAUGUUCAUCUUUCGUGACUAUUUUUUUUUUAAUCGGUAUUGGGGAUUGAACUCACGAUCGCCUGCUUGCAACGCAAGUGCUUUGCCGCUGAGCUAAAUCCCCAGCCCCUUGUGACUAUUUUGACUUGGGGGAAGAAUCAGAAAUUGCAUGGUGCCAGAUAUGAUGGGAAAGGUAGGUGAGGACACUGUAAUGUGUCAAGGAAUCUGCCUUUCCAUCAUUGGAUGGCACUUGCCAGCAGCAUUUACAUUAUUUUUUAUCAGGCCUCAUGAAGAUACACAAAAAGACUGCUAGAACUACUUCAGAUGGUGAUAAGAACAAGGGGGUAAGUGUGUUUGAAACAAGGCAGAGGACUCAGAGGGGGAUUAAUGCCAUUACGUCUUUUACUAUAAUUGUAAACAUUCCCCGUAUAUUUGGAUUGCCACUUGCAUUGACCUUUUAUUAAAAAAUCUAUUCUUUUAAAAAAUUGACUGUUAUGAUACCAUAAAGAAAACAUGAAUGUACAAAUUGA